GACGUUGCAGGAGACACGGCCCUUCACGACGCCAUCACCAUUGACAGCGCAGAAAUUGCAAACCUGCUGAUUAAUUUUCGCACGACCGACUUCUCAAUCACGAAUCGACGGGGCUUCAAUACUCUGCACCACGCCUGCUUGAAAGGAAGUUACCUCAUUGUAGAGAGAAUCCUGUCGAAGCGGCCGAACUUGGUGAACAUCGCAAAGAACGAUGGCUUCACUGCUUUGCACUUGGCGGCCAACAAUGGACACUUUCGGAUUGCAAAAGCCCUGUUGGCGAAGGGGCAGUGCGACAUUAAUGUCCACGCUUCUAAAGGGGAGACGCCACUGAUGUUGGCAGCGAUCUUUGGCCAUUGGGAUAUCAUCGAGCUUCUCGUGGAGGCUGGCGCUGACGUCAAUAGACAAGAUCAGGACGGAGACACCUUGCUUCACUUUGCCAUUGGGAGGCACCAAAUGCGGGUGCUCCAGUCUUCGGGGACAUCGAAUGCUCCUAACGUGGCGGCGGUUGAGCGAGAAGUGCCGAAUGGUCACUUGGCUCCUCUUUGCUACCUAGCCAACAGGGGAGCGGACGUGUAUAUGAUGAACAACAAAGGCAUUACGCCCUUGAUGAUGGCUGCUGCCGCUGACAUCUCCGAACAUAUCGUUGCCUGGGCUUCAAGAAGCCGAUUUGUGGCCCCGGAGUCUUCGAGGGCAUUGCGGACACGUUCAGCGAGUCCUCAGGCUGGCGGGCAGUGCACGAUCUGCAUAGAAUCUGAGGCCAACGUUGUCUUCAAGCCAUGCGGCCACCGGACGACAUGUCGCGAGUGCAGCGUGCGGUGCAAAGUCUGCCUGACAUGCGCCGUGCCUGUUCAGGCGAAGGUUAAUCUCGAUGGGACUCCUGUCCGAGGCAGGGAAACAAACCAGAGGACGCAGGAAGAAUUAGACGCCCGGCUGCAAGAGCUGGAGGAGCGGCACACGUGCAGCAUCUGCAUGGAGAAUCCGCGAGACGUGGUCUUCCUUUGUGGACAUGGCUCGUGCUCAGUGUGCGCUGGGAAUCUGGACCUUUGCCACAUGUGCCGGCAACCGAUCGAGAGGAAGAUUGCCUUAUAUUUGGAAUGAGUGUUCUCUGUGUAGAAGGGAUCAUUUGUGAGUGACAUUGUGCUCAAGCGCAUUCUCUUUAGAACCUGACAGCAGUGUUCUUUCAAGAGAAAUCAAUAACGAGAUGUCAGUGAGAGCAAAUUUGAGGGACAGAAAGACACCAUUAGGCAUUAUACUAUUUCGACUUCCACCAUUUUUAUUUGGAAGGGGAGACCACCUUAUGAAAUGCCGAGCACUGAUGUGUUCCUCUGUGCCACAAAAUGUGAUAACUUCAACCAUUUCUUUUUUUUUUUUUGAAGGCACAUCUACGAAUCUUCGGUCCGAGUUUGUGCCGCACAUCUGAACAACCACAACUCUUACGUUGACAGGCAACACAAGAGCGAUGGCCAGUUUAUUUUGUGUGGGGACACCAUUUAUCAGUGCAAAGCCGGAGCGUAAACGCCUACACAACAAAAUCUGGUUAAAAUGUUGCCUGCUCACAAACGUUUUUCUGAAGCACGAAAUUCGCAUAAACCAUCAAUACGUUGUGGAAUGCCAUAUUCAAAUGCACAGCGAAUCCUGCGUGUUUCGCCGCAAACAAGCUUUCUGAAAUUGCGUGAAAGCUCGUUCUCGAACAAUGUGAUAACUAGCAAUGUCCUCCUGACUCGAGGCAUAAAUAUUUGUGUACUCACACUUCACUAUUACUUUUUCUUUCAAGAAAGACAUCUUCAUCAUUACGCCUCCCUGCUGGCUCUAUGUCCUAUCCCAAGCCAUCCUUGAGUACCCAAGCAGAGUCCACUAGCGCACCUGUCAAGGAGGCUGUUUUCGAUUUUCUCCUUGUUACUUCUUGCUGGCACUUAUGAUGAUGCGAUAAUGAUGAGCUACUGUUACAUGACAACUACAUCUGUCGUUUUCCAAACUAGGAGGAAGAGAAUAAAUCAUUUAUCAUCCGACCUCAGAAGACGGGAGUGACGAAAGAUGCUGCUUCUCAGUGCUUCCCCUGGCAUGAACUGAAAGCCGUGCAGGGGGGGGGGGGGGGGGGGAAUAAAAUUUUACUGCUUUAACGUUAGUACUUUGCGUGUAUUUGCGGGCUGCUUUCACGCUCGGAAAAACACUUUUAUGUAGCACGUAUUGAGCAACAUAAAUUAAGCUGUAUCGGGACUUUUUCCUGUUGCUCUACAAUUUUCUCAUUGUCACUUUUCAUGUACUUAUUAUAUUUGAGAAAUUCAUCAAUUCAUUAAGUCUAAUUAUGUAAUUAAGUGGACUGCAAAAAUAAUCUAAGUAUCUCCAAGCGAAGGCAAACAACAUUACAUGGGUUCUGUCCAGCUACGUGGCAUUUGCAUAUUUUUAAAGUUUGACUGAAGUUACCUGGGACACCCUGUAUAUAAUACCGCCCUACUCUCCAGUGCAUAGAUCUAGCGCGUUUUUGGUGUCACUGCUGAUGUUUUCACGACAGAAACGAGGGAAGAUUACCGAGAAAUUUUUUAAUGGCAAUUGUUAGUAAAGAUAAGCGAUGUAUGAAGGUCUGCAGAUGAUGCAUUGAAUGUAAAAUGCCACCUUGUUCUGCUUACGGUAUUUGGGCAAUGUUAUUAAACGCUCAGAGGAAACAAACGUAAAAGUAAUGGACUAUUUUUGAGUCAUUCCUCCAUUACUUACAGUCACGCUGUCCAUAACAGCUUUUAGCCAAUGAACCUCUCCAGAAUCUGUUCUUUCUGGGAAAUAAAAAUGACUUCAUUUGAUUGAA